AUGAGUUCCGAGCACUGCUUCGGUCAAUCCCGGAAUCCUUCGGCCUUUCGAGACACCGCUCUAUAUAACUUCUUGUCGCCAUGGCGACAGGUACCGGUGAUGCUGCAGCCUGGGGAGGAGGAGGUCACAGAGUUGCAACGAGUGUUCUCCCCUGCAGUUAGUGAGGAAUGGUACAGCCCAGGAACAGAACCACAGCAGGGGCUCAUGGGACCCAGUGAUCAGAAGGCAGAUUGUACUACAUCCGAUUCUAUGAAACAAUUAGUUUUAGAGAUCCCUAAACCGUAUAUCCGUUUGGCUGGAGCAUGCAUUAGUUUGUUGAUAAUUGGACUUCUGGCAUUAAGCAUUCGUUUCUGCAACAAGCAUGUGAAAGAAUUAAAAAAACGUGAGGAAGAGGUGCGGAGUCUUCAAGUAGUUGAACCAGGAGUAAAAAUACACAUAGGAGAAGAAGGAAACUCUAAGGAAAAUGAAGUGACUCCUAAUAAAGAAAAUAACAAUAAAGUGGGAGAAAUACCAGAGUCUGCUACAAUAACGGAUGUCCCUCAAGAGAACUGUGCUGAAACAGAUAAAGAGAUAAAAGAUGUUGAAUCACAGCACAUGAACGAAGACACCACUAAAAAACAAAAAAAGAAAAACUGGAGGAAAUAUCUUCCUUUUACUAAAAAAACCAAUCCACCUCCUGAGAACGGUGUGGAAACAGAUAAAGAGCUAAAGGAAAGUGGGAAGAAACGACUAAAACUUCUAAAACGACUAAAACUAGUAAAACAACGAAAACCAGAAUUAUCAGAGGAAACAGAUGAACAGAACAAGAAAGUUGAUGAAACGCAAGUAGAGGAAGUUGAUCAGAAGAAGAAAAAAAGAAAAUGGAAAUGGAAAUGGAAAAAGAAAAGGGCAGAAAUGACACUUCUCCCAUUAUAAAAACCAAAGUCGAAGGAGGAGCAGUU